AUGGCGACAACAUCAUCCUCCACUUCAAGACAAUUACCGCAUCGCAAAAAAAGACUGGAGAGUUUGAAAAGAAAACUAAGCAAGGAUGUCACACUCUACAGCAGAUACAAUGAAGUUGUGGAGGACUACUUAAAACAAGGAAUGGCUGAGGAUGUGCCAAGGGAGCAUGCAUCACCACCAGGCAGUCAGAUAUAUUACUUACCUCAUCACGCUGUAUUGAGAGAGGAUAAGGCAACAACGAAACUGCGGGUUGUGUUUGAUGCGUCAUCCCACGAAGAUAGAAGUCCCUCACUAAAUGACUGUCUUCUAACAGGUCCCAAUCUGAAUCCAGAUCUGAUGAGUAUUUUGAUCAAAUUCAGACUGCAUGAAAUUGCAUAUAUGGCAGAUAUCAAGAAAGCAUUUUUGCAGAUAUCACUCUCAGAAAGAGAUCGGGACGCUGUAAGAUUUCUGUGGUUCACUGGACCACCUACAGAGGAGAAGGAUGUGACGCUGCGCUUACUCAGAAUGACGAGAGUGGUGUUUGGAGUUUCGUCAAGCCCAUUCUUACUUGCAGCCACCAUAAGGAAGCAUUUAAGACAGUACAAGCUCGAACACCCACAAGUGGUAGAAGCCCUCAGCUCCUCACUCUAUGUCGAUGAUUUCAUUUCAAGUGCACGUGGGGUGACAGAGGCACAUACAGUGACAACAACAGCCAGGAACAUUAUGUCUGCUGCAGGCAUGGAGCUAUGUAAAUGGAUGACAAACUCUCCUGAGCUCAAAGAAAAAUGGCAGGAAGGCUUGAUGGAUUGUGCUGUGCAUCCAGAGUCACACGUGUCUGUGCUGAAGGUGCUGGGUAUGGUGUGGAGACCAGCCACUGAUGACUUUGUGUUCGACCUCAGGAGGCUGCUUGAUAUUCUGACAGAAAGAGAAAACACAAAACGAAGUGUUUUGCAGUCUUCUGCUCGCAUUUUUGACCCUCUAGGAUUCCUGACUCCUUUCACCAUCAGGAUUAAGUGCUUGUUCCAAGAGAUGUGGGAGAGAGGGCUCAAGUGGGAUGAGAAAUUGCCACCUGAUUUGACGAAGAAAUGGCAACAGUGGUGCUCCGAGCUACCUCAACUGCAUCAGCUCUCAAUCCCACGAUGGUACCAAACACACAUACCACGACAGGAUGGUCAAGAGUUAAGGCUACAUGUGUUCUGUGACUCGAGUGAAAGGGCGUACAGUGCAGUCGCUUAUCUUCAAGGAGAAACAAAGGAAGGAGAAGUGACCGCAAGCCUGGUUGCAUCCAAGUCCAGAGUGGCUCCACUCAAAAGGAUGACACUGCCACGACUGGAGCUAAUGGGUGCGGUAAUAGCAGCCAGGCUGGGGAACACCCUCAUGAAAGCACUGCAACUAGACAAGACGCAACUCAGACUAUGGACAGACUCUAUGAUAGUGCUGCAUUGGAUUUGUGGUUCUGCUCAUAAGUGGAAACAGUUUGUAGCAAAUAGAGUCACGGAAAUCCAGUCUCUAACUGAUCCACAGUCAUGGUCUCACUGCAAAGGGAAAAUGAAUCCAGCUGAUCUUCCCACCAGAGGUCUAACUGUGCAGGACCUGAAGCAGAGCACAUUGUGGUGGAAGGGUCCUUGUGUUCUGAUGUCAACUGAUCAGUUAGAGAGCACUCAGGAAGAUGUUCAGGAAGAUGAGGUAAAGUCUGAACUCAGAUCCAAAUACCAGAUUGCUGUACAGUUUGUUAAGAAAGACCAAGACUUCUUAAGCCCUGUUUUGUGUCUGGAGAAGUACAGCAAACUAAAAACAGUGCUCCGGGUAACAGCCUGGAUAAAGAGGUUUAUCACCAACACCCGCUCAAGCAUAAAAAUCAGUGGUGAACUGACGGCAGAAGAGCUGAAUGAAGCAAAUAAAAACUGGAUAAAGGUGAUUCAGAACCAGAGUUUCAGCUCUGAAAUUGAUCUGCUGAAAGCAGGGAAAUGUCCCAACACUGACUCCAGAAUCCGAGAGCUAAAACCAUUUCUGGACGAGGAUGAGCUGCUCAGUGUGGGAGGAAGGCUCCAGCAUUCUGAUCUCUCUUACAGAGAAAAACACCCAUGGAUUUUGCCCAACAAUCACCGAUACACAGAAAUGUUGGUGCAGUAUGAGCAUGAGAAGAUAAUGCAUGCGGGUGUACGAGACACUUUAGUGCAGACAAGAGAGAAGCAUUGGAUUUUGAGGGCACGACAGGUAGUGAAGAAGGUUGUGUCCAGAUGUGUACUCUGCAAGAAAUUCAAAGCAAAGGCUGGACAGCAGACUACCGCACCACUGCCAAGAGACAGGAUAACAGAGUCACCGCCUUUUGAGAUCACUGGUGUGGACUUGAGGGCCACUCUAUGUCAAGACACAGAACGUUAUGACAAAGGCGAUAUAGCACUGUUUACUUGCGCUGUAACCAGAGCAGUGCACUUAGAGCUGGUCUCAGAUAUGUCCACAGAGAACUUCCUGUUAGCUUUGAAAAGAUUCAUCUCAAGAAGAGGAUUAUGCAAGGUGAUCUAUUCAGAUAACGCAAAGACGUUCAAGAGAGCUGAUCAAGAUUUGAAGGAGCUCUGGAAAGGCAUUAAAGAUCCACGGCUACGGGAGUUCUUCUCAGAGAAAGGCAUCACCUGGCGGUUCAUCGCUGAAAGAGCAGCCUGGUGGGGCGGAUUCUGGGAGCGGCUGGUCAGGUCAGUCAAAGUUAUUCUCAGAAAGGUGCUAGGCAGAGCUAAACUCAACUUUGAAGAAAUGUGCACCAUUCUGACUGAAGCUGAAGCCAUAAUAAACUCAAGGCCGCUCACUUAUGUGCACAAUGAUGUGGAUGAGCCAGAGCCACUUACACCUGCUCAUUUCUUGGUGGGUCAGAGACUGACCUGCUUGCCUCCUAAGCCAUGUGCAGCUGAGACUAACCAUCCAACAGCGAACAAGGAGGAGAUGAACAGAAGGUGGCGUUACAGACAAAGACUUAUGAAUAACAUCUGGAACCGAUGGCGGAGAGUAUUUGCUGAAUCUGAAGUCGGCUCAUCGCUGCGACACCCCACAAUCUUCUUUGCUGAAAGUCGGAGAUGUUGCGCUCAUCGGAGAAGAUAA